AUGGCCUUGACCGGUGUUGUGAAGAAGUAUGACACUGCAAAGGGCUUCGGAUUCAUCGUUCCCACCGGAACCAGCACGGACCUCUUUGUUCUGCGCACGGAUGUUAUUGGUGGAACACUACAGGCUGGAGACAAGGUCACUUUCGACGAAGGCCUGAACGAGCGCACGGGCAAGCCCAAGGCCAUCCGCGUCGCGGGAGGAUCUGGACCUGCACCAGGUGGCAAAGGAGAUCCGGGAGAUGGAGAAAAAGGUGGCAAGGGUGGAAAGGGCAAGAGAGGCGACAAGGGCAAGGGAGGAGGUGCGAAACAGCUUCCAGGAGCUCUGAACGGAGGCUUAGUUGCCGGACCGGUUCCCGGUGGCUGCGGCUGUGGCCCUUGCGGCUGCCCGGCUCCUUGCGGCUUGAUGCUAGGUGGGGGCUGCGGCCUUGGCGCAGGAAAAGCAGGCGCACCCAUGCCGGGUGGUUGUGCAGGCUUGCCAGACGGCAUCAAGUCCGGUGUGGUCAAGUUCUUCCAUGAUGAGAAAGGUUUCGGGUUCAUCAAGCAGGAUGAUGGUGGCAAUGACCUCUUCGUCCAUCGCAACGAUGUGAUCGACACCCUGCUGAAUGAGGGGGAUCAUGUGCAGUACAGCGAGGCCGUUGACAACAGAAGCGGGCGAAUGAAGGCGCACCAGGUCACUGGUGGCACAGGUGCACCAAAGCCCCCUCAGGAGAAAGGCGCAGGAAAGGGCGGCAAGGGUAAGAAGGGAGGCAAAAGAAGUGCGCCUAACGAGCCAAGCCUUCCCAAUCCUGGCAUGGCUAUGCCAGACCUCCCUUCACAAGACACGGCGUUGUCACAGAAGAUGACUGGCAACCUGAAUGCACUCCAAGAUGCCGCAGCGAUGAUCGGAGGCUGCAAUCCCAACUUUCUUAUGGGCAAGGGGGGUUUCCCUGCAGGCGCCUGCGGCUGUCCUUGCGGUGGCUGUGGUGAUGCUCAGAAGAUGGGCUGUGCUUGCGGAGGUUGCGGCUGUGGUGGGCUCUGCGGAGGCUGCGGGUGUGGAGGUUGCGGGGGUUGCGGAGGUGGCUGUGGGGGCUGUGGAUGUGGAGGCGGCUGCGGAGGUUGUGGUGGCUGCGGCCAGUGCAUGGGAGGUUGUGGCGGCAACUGCGGUAGCCUGCAGAUGAGCGGGAACAGCUGCAACGCCGGCGGCUGCGGCGGAUGUGGCUGCAGUAGCGGGAAUGCAUGCAACGCUUGCAACCCAGGAAGUGCUGGCAACUGCAACAUGCCGAGCAGCUGCUGUGGCUGUGGAGGUUGCAGUGGUUGCACCGGCUGCGGCUGCGGCUGUGGUUGUAACGCCGGCUGCUGCGGCUGCGGAGGCUGCGUUCCCAACUUCAACGCAUGUGGCGGAUGCUCCGCCGGGGGCACCGCGGGUCUCGGAGCAUGUGCUGCUCUCGCACCGAGCAACUUCGAGGAAGACUUCGAUGCCUCGAGCAUGAACAUGUGCCGCGGGGGAGGCUUCAGUGGCCUGAGUGCCGCCAGUCCGAGCCCAACCCCUUGUAGUGGAGGCGGCUGCAGCACGGGGCCAUGUGGCGGUGUGGGGCCAUGCAGCACGAACUGGGAGGGGAACCUCCAAGGGAAGGCGGCUAUGGCACCCUUCCCAGGUCAGGACCCGCAGCUGAACAGCGCUUGUUUCGCUCAGCUGAUGAACGUGGCAAACCUCAGCGGCAUUGCGCCCAAUCCGAACCCAAGCUCCGGCGAGAGGUUUCCCACCGGAGCACCAGGUGGAGGCUCAAUGGCCGGAUCGUUCAUGCAGGGUGGAGGCGAGAACAACAUUCCAGGCCCCUGCUUCGGCAACAACGCGGGAUCUGGUGGAAAUCUGAAUGCUGCAGUUUAUGAAAGGCUAGCCUCGGCUACAGGCGGUGGUGGAGGCCAGGCUUCAGGAGGCUUUGAAGACUACGCGUACGGUGGCCAAGGAUCAAACAACCUUGCGGCAGCUCGAGCUGCUGGUUGCUUUUCAAACUUGGCAGGUCCAUGCCCAAACCAUGGGUGA